AUGGCAAGAGACCACUUUGGUGGAAAUGACGUCAACAUUUUUCAGUAUGACGCUGUUACUAUACCAGUUCAGCUUCCUGGUCACUGGACAAUUGUGGUUCUGGACAUCAAGAGAGCUGAAAUCAAGUACCUUGAUUCCUUUCAACCAAACCAAACCAAUUAUACAGUUGUAGCACGCAUUCGAGAGUUCUUACGAUGUGAAGCAGCAAAAUGGAAGUUCAGUGUAUCGAGCAAGUGGCCUUGCAUAGCCGAAUUCUCUCUAAGAGAUUUCCCAAUUCAAGCCAAUAAAGCAGAUUGUGGUGUUUUCAUAUGUAUGAAAGAUUCACACUGGUACAAAAUAAUUGUUGUGGACAUGUACCCCACUGACACUAGCAACUUUCAAACCAAGCCAGGACGCUUUAUCAGUUAUUCUUAG